AUUCAUUUAUUGUGAAACGGAGGGAGUAUUAAUCUCUCAUUCAACUGAGAAUAAAUUCGACUACCUACCCUCCUUUUUCAACAUCACCAUUUCCAUAUCCUCUCUGCAAUUAACCAUGGAUAGAGAACAAGAAGAGAUGCAAUUUCUAGGCCUCUUUGAUAUAUACAUAGAAGCCUACAAAGUCAUCUACCAAUGGAGGAAAAUUUUCAGCCAAAUCACCCUAUCGUUGAUCCUUCCUAUGUCCUUCAUCUUCUUAGCUCACAUGGAAGUUUACCAUCUUUUCUUCUCUGACCUUAACCAUUCUGAGUUUCAGCUCGAACACACUCACACGGGCACUGCGAAAUACAACAAGAUCUCUGAUCACAUAAAUAAAGAGCUAACCUCUCUAUGGCUUUUCAUAAUUGUCUAUUUCACUAUCCUCAUCAUCUUCUCCCUUCUUUCCACCUCUGCUGUGGUUUACACAAUUGCUUCCAUAUACACGUCACGUGAAAUCGGCUUCAUGAAAGUUAUGAGCGUUGUCCCCAAAGUUUGGAAGAGGGUUAUGGUGACUUUCUUGUGUGCUUUCCUUUGUUUCUUUGUAUACAACCUUGUUGCCUUCUUUGUCUUAGCUAUUUGGUUUGUAUGGGCUUUCAGCAUGCAGGGUGAAAAUGACGGUCUUGCUAAGUUUAUUUUCGUGAUCAUGGCGAUUGUUUAUGUUGUUGGAUCCGUGUACCUGUCGGUUAUAUGGCACUUAGCUACUGUGAUAACCGUAUUAGAGGAUUCAUAUGGGAUGAAAGCCAUGCUCAAAAGCAAGGAUUUGUUGAAGGGGAAGAUGAGAAUAGCCUUGGUUUUCUUUUUCAAGCUCAAUCUCUCACUUGGUGUCUUGAACUUUAUUUUCAAGAAGUUUGUGGUACAUGGUGGGAACCAUCAUAUGCAUCUAGGGAUGUUGUAUAGGGUAGCGGUAGGGUUUCUUUGUUUUCUCUUAGUGUUAACGUUGAUACUCUUUGGUUUGGUGAUUCAAACAAUCAUUUACUUUGUCUGCAAGUCCUAUCACCAUGAGAACAUUGACAAGUCUGCACUUUCUGAUCAUCUUGAAGUUUAUUUGGGAGAGUAUGUAUCUUUGAAGUCCAGCGAUGUGCAAAUGGAGAGUUAUGAAGUUUAAAAGUAUUUACUUGUAACUUCUGUGGGUGGAACAUUUCUCUAUGUAUUUGACCUUUUCAAUGGAUAAUAUUUAUGAGAAUUAUUAUAAUAGUAAAGAUUACUUCCUCGCGU